AACGUUAAGCGCUCUCGAGCAAAAAGGGGGAUGGCGCGGGGGUGGCGUUGCGCCGCCGGCAUCCUGGCAGUAGCCUCGAAGCCGCCGCUCAGUGCAGACCUCCACCACAUCGCCACCUCCGGAAAACCAACCCCCUGCAAAAAAUAUCGAACCUACCAUCGUUUACACACACACACAUAUACACGCAGAGAUACAAACGUGAGGAAGAGGGGGAUUCGCAACAAGUAAAGCUCGGCGAUAAAUAAUACAAAAGAAGAAGGAUGUCGCAGCCGAACUACAAAUUGAUUUAUUUCAAUGCGAGAGGCCGAGCCGAGCAUAUUAGAUUUAUAUUUGCUUAUGCGGGAAUCGAGUACCAGGACGAGAGGAUCCCGAGGGAGAAGUGGCCCGAAUUGAAAAAAAGAAUGCCGUUUGGAAUCGUCCCGGUUUUGGAAAUCGAUGGUAGACGAGUUGACCAGAGCAACGCUAUUGCCAGAUAUUUGGCCAACAAAUAUGGACUGGCUGGAAAGGACGAAUGGGAGGCUAUGCAAUGCGAUGCUCUUGUCGACGCACUCGGUGAUCUAAAGCAAGUUUUGUGGCAAUUGAGAACGGAGCAGGAUCCCAUCAAGAAGGAAGAGCGCAAGGCCAAGUUGAUGAGGGAGACAAUUCCAUACUACCUAUCGAAGUUCGAGAAAAUUGUUUCCGAGAAUAACGGCCUUUCCGUUGGCUCAGGUAUCACUUGGUGCGACUUUGUUUUCGCUGUUUCCUUGGAGAACUUCGAGGCAAUUUUCGGAAAGUCCUCGUUGGACUAUUAUCCUGCAAUGAAGUCGCUGAAGAACAGAAUCUACGCUCUGCCCAGCAUAGCCGAGUGGGUGGCCAGACGUCCGCAUACCGAAUCCUAAACUGAGCCGGAAGACCACUCACCAAACAUAGAGUUUUUUUUCAGUUAAAUCAUAGUUUCGAUAUGUUGAUUUAAUGUCAGAAAGAAAAAAAAGUAAGUGUUAACAAGUAUACAAGAAAUGAGCGAGACGAUUCGGCCUUAAUUAAAAUGAUCAUAAUAAAUAGUAGCUUGGAAAACUUUUGCUUUUUGGAAAAUGAUGGGCUUUGGGAUAACAAAUUCGUCUAUUUUUUUAUAUUUAAUUUACAUAUAUAGUGAACAACGUAUACUACUUGCAUAUUAUAGAAAUCGUAUAUUUAUGUAUACAUAAGAAUAUGAAUUUGCAUAUCUGUUCUACUAAAAUUUAGAGGAAUGGAAGCCUAUUUUCACUUACUGUUCCCCCAUGUAUCCGAAAAUCUGAAAUUAUUUUUUUAGUGAAAAUCAAAUCAAAAUCAUACCACUGAAAAGGCAUAUGGAGGAAGCGAAGCAUUUUU